AUGGAUGCAAACACGUUCUUUGGCAGUAAUUCUUUCCAGGAUUACAUUCCUAUACCUAUGGGAGACAAUGAUAUGAUAGGUUACUCCAAAACCUUAUACAAUCAAGAGAAUGCUACGUUCUCUGGAAAUACUAAUAAAGUGAUCGAUGGUUGCGAAAGCGGAGUGGAAUUGUCUGCAGUGUCAAAACCGACCUUGGAAAGUCCUAUACAGAACAUUUCCGUUUCCAGUAUAACUAUUCCUCAGGAACCGACAUUUGCUACACCCGCGCUUACUCCUGGAUUAUCAACACCAUUAGCCCCGAGCUACAGUAAUGAGUUCGUACAAGAGUUUUUACCGCCUCUCGAAUCACCAGCGGCAACACCUAACUAUAACGAAAUCUUACAAUUCCUAGAUUCAGCAAAUGAAAAUUAUUUCACACCCUUAACUUCGCCUGCUUUGCAGCCAAAUCAAGAAAACUAUAAUGUAGACACCUUUUCCUUCAAAUUUAGAGAACAAGAUAACUCUACAACUGCUAAUCAACUAACAUUAACCACCAAAAAAGAGCAACAGCAAAUGGCACAAGCAGCCAUUAGGCCAGCAAACAUCUACCACAGUCCUCUAGCCCUGUUGUCUAAUCAACGCUUAACGCCUGCUUCACCUUUAACAUUCGAAACAUUCGGUAAAUCUCAGGCACCUGUACCAGCAAACGUAAUAGCAGCAAGCGCUACCGUAAGUUUACCAACAAUACCUGCUACACCUGCAUCUUUAAUGAAUAUAAACAAUAACCGCGAACGGUCUCCAUUGUCCUCCGAUCAAGAAACAGCAGCAGCAGCAGCGUCUAAAAAUGCGCCUCAAGUGCACGCGGCGGGAUCUUCCUCGCAAACGGUAAAUGCUUCUAAAAAAAGACAGCUAGCAAUUUCAUCAUCCGUCAUCAGUAAAUCAUCUCCCCGCGCAUUGAGACCCAAUCUGCAUAACACUAACCCCAUUGGUAGUAGUGUGGCCCAUUCCGCCACAACCUCGUCUCUCAGUACCAUGGAUAAUCGUCGGUCUGCUCAUAAGGUCGCUGAACAGCGAAGAAGAGAUAUUAUGAAACAGAGUUUUGAUUCACUGAGAGAGGAAAUUGUCGAUGUUCUUGUUGCAGACACAGAGAAAUCACGAGUGGAAGUAGAGAGAGACGUCAAGUUCAUGAGCAAAAUUGUUCUAUUGAAGCACUCGUAUGAAUAUAUCGUCCGUUUGAAACGAGAAACAAGAUUUAAGGAUGAUAAAAUGAAAGAAAUGCAAGAAGAAAUAGAUCAACUCAAAGCACAAUUACAAAAGAUAAACAUAGCUACAACCGCUUCCUCUACAAAUAAUGAUGACAGUGAUAAUAAAAACGAUACGCUAUCAUCUUGA